AUGCCGUCACCGGCAGUUGGGUUUCGGGAGCGCCUGGGCCUAGGAGGCGUGGCCCGGAGGACGCUGGGAAUCUGCUUUCUAUUGACGACUGUGUUUCUAUGGACGCUGUCCAACUUUCUCGCCAGCUUCAUCUUCUCCGACCAGACCUAUGACAAGCCGUUUUUCCUCGUCUAUUUCAACACCUCCAUGUUCGCCAUCUCUCUAAUACCCAUGUUCAUUCGAUAUCUCGCACAAAGAGGAACCCACGGACUGCGAAGCGAUAUCAGGCGUAUAUGGGCAGAAUACCGAUAUCGAGCUGCCGCCGUGAGCCCUACAACAGACGAAGAGGGCUCAGAGGUACACGAGCGCUUGUUAGUCAACGAGCACGGCCCCGGGUGGAACUCUACAGAUGAGAAGCUUGGAUUCCGCGAGACUGCGGUUCUGAGCCUCGAGUUCUGCAUACUCUGGUUUCUGGCAAACUACCUGUCGUCUGCCUGUCUCCAGUACACCAGCGUGGCAAGCGUUACCAUUCUGACAUCAACUAGCAGCGUCUGGACGCUGGUAUUCGGUGCAAUCUUUGGCGUCGAGAUGUUCUCCAUGCGCAAACUGAUUGGGGUUCUCGCAUCCCUCACAGGCGUUGCGCUCAUUUCCAUGGUAGAUCUUUCGGGCAAGAGUGACGAGAACAGGGGAUCAUUCCCGCAUAAGACGCCGGGACAGAUUGCGCUCGGAGACACCAUGGCUUUUAUGAGUGCCGUGCUUUACGGCAUAUAUGUGACUGUGAUGAAGCGGCGGGUGGGCAACGAGGACAAGGUCAACAUGCAGCUGUUCUUUGGACUGGUUGGAGUGUUUAACCUGUCGCUGCUGUGGCCGCUAUUCUUUGUCUUGCACUGGACUGAAAUGGAACCGUUUGAAUUACCUCCGACGAGCCAGAUUUGGAUAAUCAUCAUUGUAAAUGCGAUUGCAUCCUUUGUCAGCGACCUAUCCUGGGCGCUGGCCAUGCUCCUGACCACUCCAUUAGUUGUCACGGUUGGCCUGUCUCUGACCAUACCGCUGUCACUCAUCGGCGAGAUAUUCCAGUACCAGCAGUAUUCUAGCUUCAUCUACUGGAUUGGUGCCGCAGUCGUCUUUGUCUCCUUUGUCUUUGUCAAUCAUGAGACAGGGAAGGACGAUUCUGGCAAGGCUACAGUCCCCGCCACCGCAGUUGAUGCUGAUGGUGUUAACGAGGACAUCGUAUAUGGAUGA